AGAAACACAGCAAGAAACUGUUCCACCAUCCCUUGCACACGUGGAAGUUAGUGUGGUGAUCGUGAUGCCGACCAUUCUAGAGCAGAUAGCAGACAUAGAGGCCGAGAUGGCUCGGACCCAACGAAACAAGGCGACAGAGAGACAUUUCGGCGUGCUCAAGGCCAAGCUGGCGAAGCUGCGUCGAGAGCUCAUCACGCCGAAGGGAGGUAGCUCGGGUCCCGGGGAAGGAUUUGACGUGGCCAAGACAGGAGAUGCCAGGAUUGGAUUUGUAGGAUUCCCAUCAGUGGGUAAGUCGACUCUGCUGACCAAUCUGGCAGGGGUGUAUUCCGAAGUGGCCUCCUAUGAGUUCACCACUCUCACCACUGUCCCUGGAGUCGUCCGCUACAAGGGAGCCCGGAUACAGCUGCUAGAUCUGCCUGGUAUAAUUGAAGGGGCAAAGGACGGGAAGGGGAGAGGGAGACAGGUCAUUGCGGUGGCCCGGACCUGCAGCCUCAUAUUCAUUAUUCUCGACGUCUUGAAGCCACUGGAGCACAAGAGGAUCAUUGAGAGGGAGCUGGAGGGGUUUGGGAUACGACUCAACAAGAGACCUCCCAACAUCAGCUUCAAGAAGAAGGAGAAAGGAGGGAUCAACAUGACCACACCCGCGGUACAGUCCAGACUGGAUCUGGAGAUGGUCCGGAGUAUCCUGGCAGAGUACCGUAUCCACAAUGCCGACAUCACCCUCCGUUGUGAUGCCACGGCCGAUGACAUCAUCGACGUUGUCGAGGGCAACAGGAUAUACAUACCCGCCAUAUACCUCCUCAACAAGAUUGACCAGAUUUCCAUUGAGGAGUUGGACAUAAUUUACAAGAUUCCGCACGCCGUCCCGAUUUCUGCCCACCACAAGUGGAACUUUGACGAUCUACUUGAGAAAAUGUGGUCCUAUCUCUGCCUUAUCAGAAUCUAUACGAAGCCAAAAGGACAGCUACCAGACUAUUCAGCUCCAGUGGUAUUGCAGGACGGUCACUCCGGUGUUGAAGAUUUCUGCAACACUCUUCACAAGAGCAUCAUGAAGGAAUUCAAACAUGCUGUGGUGUGGGGAUCAUCAGUCAAACAUCAGCCACAGAAAGUUGGCAAAGACCACAUACUCCAGGACGAGGACGUCGUCCAAGUAGUGAAAAAGAUCUGACCGUUUCCAAUCUUCUCUGUUAUGUUUGUGAUGACUGUGUACUCUGUUGCUGCUUGUGGGUGUGUGUAUAAUAUGUAUGUAUGUCGUUCAUCUCACUCUGACUGGCUGCUCAUUGUGCUCCAUAAAAUUGAUUGUAGUGUGUGGUUGGUGUAGUCAAUCUGACUCUGUUCUCUGAGAAUUUUGUAGUGUCCUCUUCUCUAGACCUUUGAAAGACAUCUGCUGUAACUGCUGGGAAACCUCCUGGAGUUGUUUGGAGUAUGGGUGGGUUGGAGGGAGGUGAGUGUGGCGAGGGUUAUUCCUCAUGAGGUAUUGGGCCAGGAGAUUGACGGGGUUAAAGUCAUAUUGUCUCUCCUCAGUUUCCUCCAGUCCCCUCUCCGACACCUGAGUAAGGAGUUUGUCCAUGCCCAGUACGAGUGUAGGGAGCAGGGACCCCAUCAGAUAAGAGGUCCCUCUGCCUCGUUGCUCCAGCCACUCUCCUGCCAGCAGCUCCAACGGCAGGCUCAGUCGGGACUCUGCCGCGCAUAGCUGGUUCCUAGCUUUUUCGGUAGACGGAGACUCGCUCAUCGUCGAAUGGACGUUUUUCCAAU